UGCAAUAAGAGCCAUAAUCCUUCGUAUACCUUCGAUCGUCGCCUUUACUUUUAAGAAACCGCUCUACCUCUCCUGUGUGUGUGUGUCACACCUGCAUAAUGGUCUUAGCAGUAGCAAUUGGUAGACGAAUUCAUUUGCCCUAGUACUUCUAAUCGCGUUAGAACAUGUUUUUUUAAUACCAAAUCUUCGUGGGAGAACACUUCGACUUUUGAGGGGAUGAAAAAUGACGUUCCCAACAACAAUAAGCGGAAGAGAAAAUGUACAACCCACAGUGAUACCACCUCAGACACCCACAAAAAUGUCUAGUUUCAUUUUUAAUCCAACAAUGUUUAAGAGGUUGAUGCCUAUAUUUGCUUUUUUCAUGGGUUUUGUAACUGUUUUGGUCGUUUUGUAUAUUUAUAUGAGAAAUGCAGCGAUGAGACAUUACCAGUUUCAAGUUAAUAUGAGUAAGGAUUAUGAAUUGUUGGAAGUUACUCAAGACAAUCCCCAAUUGAUUGCUUAUAUUAGACAAAUGCAUCUACAACCAGUUAAAGAAACACAAACAGAACCUAAUGAUAUUGUUUUAGAUGAACCAAAUGAAGAAAUAGGUUAUCUUUUAAAAUUAUUAAAAAAUAAGAAAAACGGUGUUUUCGUAGAAGCAGGAGCUUAUAAUGAUGGUAAAACCUCAGAAACACUAUAUUUAGAAAAAAAACUUGAUUGGAAUGGUUUAUUAAUUCAACCCGACCCAAGACAUUAUUUUAGUCUUAAAAAGCAUGAUCGUAAAAACUCACAAGCUGUUCAUGGUUGUUUAAGCCCAUCCCCGUAUCCUAAAGAAGUCUCUUACCAUCAUGAAGAUAGAGAUGGUGUUAAAAUAAACAGCAUACAUGCGAAUUCAAUUAUAGAAGACACGGAUAUAUUUAACACGCGCGUUAAAUGCUUCCCACUUUACUCACUAUUAUUGGCCAUGAACUCAACUAAAAUUGAUUAUUUGACUUUGAAAACGGGCGGUACUGAGUUGCAAAUUUUGGAAACUUUGCCCUUUGAUAGGGUGGAUGUUCAAGUUAUUAAUGUUCACAUGAACAAAGAUAUUGAAAAAGAUAUUUUGAAAAAGUUUUUGUCUACGAAAAGAUACGCUUUUUCGACGAACGUAAACGAUAGUUACUUUUUUGUUUUGAAGAAAAUGAGGAAAUAAAACUUAAAAUCGUUUUGAAAUGAAAAUGAAGGAAACGCAGAGCAAUAAUUGUUUCAAAGUUAACGGAAAAGACUGAAAAGAACGCAUAAGUAUUUUUGUAUUGAUGUAUUUUUUCAUCUUCGUUCCACUUUACAUUUAUUUUAAGGGGUUAAAUUAGUUUUUUUUAAUGUUUUUAAUGUUCAAAAAAAAAUUCUUUCACUCCUCUCAUGAAUUAGAAUUGAUUCGAAUCAAUUUCUUCACUCAUAAUUAAUUAAAAAUAAAAUUACAGUGAUUAUAACCAAAAAUUAAUUAAAAACGGGUUCGUUUUAUCCAAAGAUCAUUGUAAUUUAUUAUUUAUGAACUCGUUUUAAAUGCUUGAUUAAAUGAAGGAUUGGAAAGAAAAGCAUAAAAUAAGAUUAGACUCUAACAUCACACUGUGGAUUUUUUUGCUCACUCUGUAUGAACUGAUUUAACCUCUCAUUAAUUAAUUUAUUGCAUUUAUUUUUGAAUUAUAAGAACACAGUGCCUUGUAGCAACUUACACAACACAAACCACAUUUUUGUACUUAAUUUAAUCGUUUACGAUUUAUUUUUUAAAUAAAAACACUAAAAAAAUA